UACAGACGUCACUGUACACCCUAUAUAAAAUGCAGCAUCGCGCUUUCUAUUAUCAUUCUGUUACUUACAUCCACUCUUAGCUGUUGGAUAAAGUAACCUUUUAAUUAUUUUUUUUAUUUUCUCAGUCGUCGUUGACUUCAUUCCUUAAAUCAUGCGUGAGUGCAUUUCCAUACACGUUGGCCAGGCUGGUGUUCAGAUUGGUAAUGCCUGCUGGGAGCUGUACUGCCUUGAACAUGGCAUCCAGCCUGAUGGACAGAUGCCCAGUGACAAAACCAUUGGAGGGGGGGAUGAUUCCUUCAAUACCUUUUUCAGUGAGACUGGAGCUGGCAAACACGUCCCCAGAGCAGUCUUUGUGGAUCUAGAACCAACUGUCAUAGAUGAAGUUCGCACUGGAACAUAUCGCCAGUUGUUCCAUCCAGAACAGCUCAUCACUGGCAAAGAAGAUGCUGCCAAUAAUUAUGCCCGUGGACACUAUACUAUUGGAAAGGAAAUAAUUGACCUAGUGCUGGACAGGAUCCGCAAAUUGGCUGACCAAUGCACAGGUCUUCAGGGUUUCCUGGUCUUCCACAGUUUUGGUGGUGGUACUGGUUCUGGUUUCACUUCCUUACUGAUGGAACGUCUUUCUGUUGAUUAUGGCAAGAAAUCUAAGCUAGAGUUCUCAAUUUAUCCAGCUCCUCAGGUCUCAACAGCUGUAGUUGAACCAUACAACUCUAUUCUCACUACCCACACCACCCUAGAGCACUCUGACUGUGCCUUCAUGGUAGACAAUGAGGCCAUCUAUGAUAUCUGCAGAAGGAACUUAGACAUUGAGCGCCCAACUUACACCAAUCUAAACCGUCUUAUCAGUCAAAUAGUGUCAUCAAUCACAGCCUCUCUUCGAUUUGAUGGUGCUCUUAACGUAGACCUUACAGAAUUCCAGACAAACUUGGUACCCUAUCCUCGUAUUCACUUCCCUCUAGCCACCUAUGCUCCAGUUAUAUCAGCAGAGAAAGCUUACCACGAGCAGCUUUCUGUUGCUGAGAUCACAAAUGCUUGUUUUGAGCCCGCUAACCAGAUGGUGAAAUGUGACCCACGUCACGGUAAAUAUAUGGCUUGUUGCUUGUUGUACCGUGGUGAUGUGGUACCCAAAGAUGUUAAUGCAGCUAUUGCCACUAUCAAGACAAAGCGCAGCAUCCAAUUUGUUGAUUGGUGUCCAACUGGGUUUAAAGUAGGUAUUAACUAUCAACCCCCAACUGUUGUUCCAGGAGGAGACUUGGCUAAAGUGCAGCGGGCUGUGUGUAUGCUGAGCAACACCACCGCUAUUGCUGAGGCCUGGGCUCGUCUAGAUCAUAAGUUUGAUCUAAUGUAUGCUAAGCGUGCCUUUGUGCACUGGUAUGUAGGUGAGGGUAUGGAGGAGGGAGAGUUCUCUGAGGCCCGUGAAGAUAUGGCUGCCCUGGAGAAGGAUUAUGAGGAGGUUGGUGUAGAUUCUGUGGAAGGAGAGGGUGAAGAGGAAGGAGAAGAAUAUUAAACCCAGUCCUGCUAUAAAAUAUAGGCAUGUCUUUGCCCAUCUGUUAAGUUGAAUACCUAAUUUAUUUUUUUUUUUUACCUAAAAAUAAAUGCAUUAGGAAAGAA